CUUUCCUCUCAGGCGCGGAGAUCGUUGAGGCGGGAGCGGGCUCGCUCGGGGCAGGCGGGACGGGCCAGCGGGUAAGUAGGUGGUGCUAGAACACUUGCUGUAUGGAAUCUUGUUCUGUAAUAUGGGGGAAGAGGAAGGACUGCAUCAUCAAACACAAUUAUUGGACACAAUGUUUGUACGCGGACUGAAGAGGAAAUGUAUUGAUGGAGAGGAAGAUAUUGAAGGAACUUUAGCUGGCUUUAAAGCUAUCCCUUCAUACAACCUUCAACGCCAGUCACUGCUAGACAUGUCUUUGGUUAAACUUCAGCUCUGCCACAUGCUUGUUGAACCUAAUCUGUAUCGUUCAGUGCUUAUAGCCAAUACGGUUCGGCAGAUCCAAGAGGAAAUGACCCAGGAUGGAACUUGGCAGAUGAUAAAUGCACAGAGUACUGGACCAACCUCUCUGGACCGUCUGGUGUCAACAGAUAUCCUCUGUCGUUCUUCCAAGGAGCAAGCUGAAGAAAAGCUUGUUCAAGGUUAUAGUGGCUACUCAAAAGACUUUGAGGACACACAGUCACAAGAGAGUGCAGAAAUCUUAAGACCUGCUCCGCUACAGGCUCCCAGAAACCUGCAGGGUAACGUGUGGGAGAUGGAGAGCUCUCCAGAAAAUAGAGGAAACUUCCAUAAGUCAUUAGAUCAAAUAUUUGAAACCUUAGAAACAAAAACUCCCGACUCUGUGGAAGAGCUGUUUUCAGAAGUUGACAGUUCCUAUUACAAUCUUGAUACAGUAUUAACGGGAAUGAUGGGCGGUACCAAAUUGGGACACUGUGAUGUACUUGAAACAUUUCCUCAAGCAACUGCAAAUUCUAACUCUAACUGUAAAUCUGACCUUAAUGAGCUUGACCAUUUUGUGGAGAUUCUGGUUGAAUCUUGAGACAAAGGGUGAAGGAGACAUCCUUUGAAGAAGCCAGAUCUUGAGUAGUAAAACUUCCAAAUAGCUUGUCCUCUCAAAGCUGCACAUGAAUCUUCCAAAAAAAAAAAAAGCACUUCAAUUUGCAAAGUUGUGUUAAUGUAUGAAAUUAACCUGCAAUUUGUAGUGUUUGAACUGUAAGUACGUAUUUUCAAUGCCCACAAUUCAGUGUGGUAUUAUAGGUAUGCCUUUGAGUUACCAUGAGCCCAGCAGUUCUUCCAUUCCACCCCCACCCACCCCAACAUUAUCCGGCCCCUAUGCCAUGUCACAAACUGCUUUGGAACCCCCCAGGUGUUUCAUUAGUGGCUUGGCAUGUGAAAAGCCCCCUGGGUGCAUAAGAUGAAUCACAUAUUCCUCCAUGUUUUGCCCAUACAUCUUCCCCUUCUUGGGGCUCAACAGCUACCAAAAAUAAAUGAUUUGCUAAUCCCUUGUAGCAUUAAGGGAUAUAAAAUUGUGUAGCAGAAUUCUUCCUCCCUUGACCAUCGCGUUUCUCCCUGCAAGGUGCAAGUGCUAAAUAGACUCCAAUCCUCAACAUACAAAGUCCUCAGCUUAAAUCAAAACCUAUACCGUCUAGGCUGAGACCUUUUCAGCAAACCCCCUGGCAUUUGCUCCUGCUGUUUUUAUCAGUUGACUUUCAUGGGACUACCUUUGAAGUUAUGGUUUAAGGACCAAAGGCUUGGUUUCCUGACUCCUUCAUUGCAAGUAAAUACUUCACUGAUGUCUCUGCAUUUAUUUACCACACAAGCUCAUAAAGAGCUUUAAAGCAGUGGUUCCCAUUAUCCUAGCUAGCUUUUUCUGUCAUUCUUAUUUUCUGUUUUUUAAAAUAUAGUUCUAGUUUUUAAAAAGUGUUUAUCAGUGUUCAGAAUCUUUCAGCUAUUUUCUGAAGAUAUAUUUUUGCUACAAAUCUUCUGCCAACUGCUUAUUUAGUACCUGGAAAUAUUUGCAGUUGUAUUUUUUUAAUCACUUUGAAAAAGGGAUUUUUUUUUUCUUACCGUGGGGCCUCCCUUACGUAGCUCAGUAAAAGUGUUUAAAUAUAUAACAUUAAAGUAGGAGCAGUUGUCAGCAUUCAGUCUUGAAGUACUGUGUUAAGAGUAGAGUUGCUCUUGACAGGAAAAUCUGAGGAGGAGCUCUUGUUGGGCUACAGAAGGUGUUGAUGCAUUUACACUUCAGUUCGAGCCAUGUUUUUGUUACCUUCAAGCAUAAAUUAUGUGGGUGUUAUUUAUAAGUAUUUAUAUGUAUGUGUCAUCAAGUGAAUGAUUUGGCUGAAGUCUACCAUCCCACUUAAUUCUGUGUUUGGGAGGUGGGGGGAGCACUCCCCUACCUUGCACUAAUUACUACAAGACUGUUACAGAGGCCUUUCAAGAGUGUUCUCCAAACUUAAAAUGCUCCACUCAAACCAAGGUGUGAAUGUGCGGUCAGUUGAGUCAUUAACAGCAGGUUAGUAUUGAAGAAAAAGCUUGUCUUAAUUGCUAAAAGCAGUUUCUGGUGAGAAGGUGCAUCAUAUGGGAAAACAUUUGCAAUAAAAUUGCCCAAUACUUGCCUUGGUAAACUGGUGAUACAAAAGAACAUAACUGCAUGGUGGGAAAAAGGAAAAGAGCUAUGAAUCCUCUUGACAAAAGUCCAUAUUCUCACAUUACCGUUAUGGGGGUAUGUCUGCCAUCUGACAAGCAAUUUUAGCUAUUUUGCAUCAGUUUGCAUUGAUCAGAAUUGGAUAUGUUCCUUUUAAAAACUCAUUCUGACUUCUCCAGUUGCGAUACUAUACUCACACACAUCUCAAAACAUUGGACGCCUUAUCUCCUGGCAGAGGGUCAUAGAUGCGGCAGUUUAUCUUUGUGCGAAGGGAGUUAACACACACCCUUGAUGCCAGUAAGGAUGUGCACCAUGCACAACCAGAACAACUCUUCAAAGCAUAAAGAUCCUUGUCUUGUGUAUGUAUAGCUAAAUGUCUUUGUCUUAGUUUAGGUUGCAACCUGAAACAACUUUGCAUAACUCGCCCCUCCUGAGGUUAAUGGGGCUCCAUACAAGAAAGUGGUUUCAUGAUUGUGGCCUUAAUAAUUUAAGUGCUUUUGAAGCAGCUGAUUUGAAGACAGCAUUGUAUGUUUUCCAGUCUUGGCAGGUAGAGAUGCCUAUUUCUGUAACUCAAUUUUGUGCCAGACCAUGCAGUUUGUAAGGGGAUCUUUCUAAUGCAUUUGAAAGUGAUUAAUGUCUUUUUAUAUUAAAGUUGAAU